AAAAAUGAAAAGAUGAUGUUGUUUGUUUGAUUUCUCUCACACAUUGUAUAUCUUCUUCCAUGGAUUCCAACAUCUCAUCCUCUCUUACACUUCAAUCUCCAAAACCAAACCAUCUCUCGUUCGAUUUCAAUGGCAUCAUUCUCACUCUCACUAACCCAAACCCCUUCGCUUCAAUCUCCGACUCAACCCGGUUCAACCCCGGUCCAACCAAACCCCUCUUCAAAACCCUAACCGUCUUCGAACGCGCAUUCAUCGGCGCAGGUGCCGGCGGAAUCGCCGGCGCAUUCACUUACGCCUGCCUCCACCCUCUCGACACAAUCAAAACCAAAAUGCAAACCAAAGGCGCUUCACAAAUUUACAAAAAUACCCUUGACGCAGUUUCCAAAACCUUCACCAAUAGCGGCAUUCUCGGCUUCUACAGCGGCUUUUCAGCUGUUGUUGUCGGUUCCACGGCUUCCUCGGCUGUUUACUUUGGUAGCUGUGAGUUUGGUAAGUCAUUUUUGUCGAAACGGAAUUGUCCUAAGGUUUUGAUUCCUCCGAUUUCGGGGGCGUUGGGGAAUGUUUUGUCGUCUGCGAUUAUGGUUCCGAAGGAAUUGAUAACGCAGCGGAUGCAGACGGGUGCGAAGGGAAGAUCCUAUGAAGUUUUGAUUAAGAUUUUGCAGAAUGAAGGUGUUUUGGGUUUGUAUAGAGGCUACUCAGCUACAUUGUUGAGGAAUUUGCCUGCUGGGGUUAUAAGUUAUUCGUCGUUUGAGUAUUUGAAGUUAGCGUUUAUGAAGCAUACAAACAAAGAUUGUUUGGAGCCGGUGCAGAGUGUGAUUUGUGGGGCGUUGGCGGGGGCGAUAUCGGCUUCCAUAACUACGCCGUUGGAUGUGGUGAAGACGAGGUUGAUGACGCAGGCGAGGAAUGAGGCGGUUGGGAAGGUUGCGGAGGUUAUGUAUGGUGGGGUUAAGGAUACGGUGAGGGAGAUUUUGAAGGAAGAGGGGUGGGUUGGUUUGACUAGAGGAAUGGGUCCUAGGGUUCUUCAUAGUGCUUGUUUUUCGGCUUUGGGUUAUUUUGCGUUUGAAACUGCUAGGGUUGCUAUUUUGAAUGAGUAUGUUAAGAGGAAGCAAUUGGAGGAGGUGGAUGUUGUUGUUUCUAGUAGUAGUAGUAGUUGAGUUUGGGAGAUCGAUUCGAUUUUGUUGCGAUUUUGAUCUAUGAAGCUUUGACACAGACUUGGACACUGGACGCAACACUGAGUAAUAUGAGAAAAUGGAAUAAUUGAAUGUAACCAUGUCAAUAAAACCAGACAGGCCUUCAAUCUGAGGUAUUGGUGCUACAUAGAUUUUGACCGUUGAUGAGAAUCUAUAGUUUGAAUAUUGUAGUUCAUGAUAUAAUGAACCUGUUUGGUCAGAUGCGAAUGUUGUUGAUUUUUUGUAUGGAUUGUUGAUUGCAAGUUUAUAUUAUAGAGAUGAUGUUGUUGUUUCUAAUAGUAGUUGAGUUGGGAAAUGGAUUCAUUUUCAUUACAAUUUGUUCUAUGAAGCUCUCUGACUCAGACACCGGACGCAACACUGAAUAGUAUGAGGAAAUGAAAUAAUUGAACAUAACCAUGUCUUAGUCGUGUUAGUUACAUCAGACACACCUUCAAUCUGAGGUAUUGGUGCUAGAUAGAUUUUCACCGUUGAUGAAAUUCUAUAGUUUGAAUAUUGGUUUCUGUAGUUUAUGAUGUAAUGAACCUGUUUGGUCUGAUAUGAAUGUUGUUGAUUUUGUAUGGAUUGUUGAUUGCGAGUUUAUAUUAUAGAUAUGAUGCGGUUGUUUCUA